UAUAUAUUUAUAUAUAUAUAUAUAUAUAUAUAUAUAUUUUUUUUUUUUUAUUUCUCAGGAAAUUCAACAUCAGCAGUUCUAGAUGGUGUUGCCAUAUUAACAAUGUUACCUAGGGGAGAAGAUUAUACAAUGACAAUACCUUAUGCUCAUUGUAAAGGAAUUCUUAUGGGUACAUUAUCAAUGGAAUUAGGUGGAAAAAUUCAUAUAAAUUGCGAGAAAACAGGUUAUCAUACUGAAUUGGAAUUUAAACUUAAGCCAUUUCUUGGAGGUGCAGAACAAAUGAAUCAAGUUACAGGAGGAAUACGUUUAGGCAAAGAAACUCUUGCUAUUAUAUCAGGCUAUUGGGAUGGUCAAAUAUUAAUUACUGAUAAAAGAACAGGACAAGAAAAUGUAUUUUUUAAUCCUACUCCAGAAGUACGUAAAAGAAGAUUAAAAAAAUAUACUGUACCUUUGGAACAUCAAGGUCUGUGGGAAAGUGAGAAAUUAUGGUAUGAUGUUACGCAAGCAAUCAAUCGAGACGAUCAAAUUGCUGCCACUGAAGCAAAAACUCAAUUAGAAGAAGCUCAGAGAGAGCGUGCUAAAGAACGAAAACUUAAAGGACAGGAAUGGGUUCCUAAACACUUUGUUCAGGAUAUUAUAACUGGUAAUUGGGUUUAUCGACAUGCAGAUGUUCGACCAUGGGAUCCUAGAAAUGAUGUUGUACAAUAUGAACAAGAUUAUAUAGUACGUACAAAAACUAGACACAAGACACCGAUUAUGCGUACUGGCAGUAUCGUUUCUACUGAACCACAAACACAGGUUCCACUUCUUCAAGCUGAAUCACGUUCAUCACUUUCUGUAUUAAAAUCUUCUAAAAGACAAUUAUCUAAUAAUUUAGCAGAAACUGCUCAUGAUUCUGGAAGUUCCUCUGCAGAGGUACAUUCAGAUUCUAGUCAAUCAAUAGGUAAAAGGAAACGCUCUACUGCAAGGAUUAUAGAUGUUAUUAAAGAAUUAGAACGACAAAUGUUAGAAUAUGGUGAUAAAUUAAAUCGUAUACAACAUAUAUUAGAGCAACUUGCUAUAAGACAAAGAGAACAGGGUGAUCAAUAUCAUAGUAUAAAUAUGUUGAAAAGCUUCAUAGAUACGAUUCUUGUUAUUGUAAUAGUUUUUUCUGUACAAUACUUUGUAAAAAUAUGGACCGACGAAUCUAGUGGAGGUUGAAAAUAUGCUAAUAAGAUCGUAGUAUAAAUUGUAUAUAUUAUUUAUCUUAUCUCAAUUCGAAUUAUCAGCUUCUGUGUAAAAAAAAAUCUUGAAAAGUUUUGAAAUUUAAAAUAGUUAAUUCAAACGUAUUUUUGAUGGAAGUAAAAAACACGUUGUUUUUUAUUAAUGCAUUAAAAAAUAGAGUAAAAAAGUUACAGAUAUAAACAUAUAUAUUCAGGUCAAUCACAGUGCAAUGUUAUUUAGCUUUUGUUAUUUUAAUUACUGAUGAUACAUUCAUUAUAUAAAUUUAGCCUGUUCUAGUAAUUACUUAUAUAAUAAUGUAAUAUUUUUAGUCUUUGUUAAUUGUUUUUCACAACAAUUAACAAACAUGAUAAAAGAAUUAAAUUUUUUUGAGCUUAUGUAUAUAAUAUUUUAUGUGCUAAUGCACAAGAAAAUAAUUAUAUAUUUAUUCAGAAAUUCUAAUAAUGUUGUAGUAUUUAUUGCAGGCGCUCAAUAGUAAAGUGUAUUUAUGAUAAUAAUAAGAUUACUAUAAAAAUAUAGUAAUGUAACAUGUACAUUACUAUGAAUUUGAUUAUCUUGGAAUUAUCGCGAUAUAAAACAAA